UUCAUCUAGAUCUAGAUCUAGAUCUAAACCUCAUCUACCAACGUAUACCAUCUGUUGUCCAAGCUACCGUACACCAAGUUAUUCAUCAGAACAUCGUGAUGAGCCACUAACAUCAGUCCGUGUGUCCUAUCAUGCAGUGUCAAAUGAUCUGCCCGCCACAAGAAAGGGAACCAUCUUCUCCUGCGCCCUGCCUACCAUGUUAUUCCUCCCAUUCAUGGCAGCCAUCCCAUUCUUGCCAGCCAUCCCAUUCUUGCCAGCCAUCCCAUUCUUGCCAGCCAUCCCAUUUAUGCCAGCCAUCCCAUUCCUCCCAUUCAUGCCAGCCAUCCCAUUCUUGCCAGCCAUCCCUUUCUUGCCAGCCAUCCCAUUCUUGCCAGCCAUCCCAUUUAUGCCAGCCAUCCCAUUCCUCCCAUUCAUGGCAGCCAUCCCAUUCCUUACAUUCAUGGCAGCCAUCCCAUUCUAGCUAUUCCUGCCACCGAUCACUUUCCUGGCAGUCCUGCUCUUCGUGCUUUAGGCCGUGUACUCCAUGUCAGACCAAUUCGUGUCGGAUCAUCUUGCCAUCCGAACCGAAGCCGAGUGUUUUUGACGAUCUAAUAGGUCAAAAAAAUUUCAGCUGCGUUGGCAAUGUCCUGACUUUCUUGGCAGCAUUUUUCGUUUUUCUUUCUAUAUUAGAAUAUCUUACAUACCAUGAAAUAGGAUCACACGCCAAAAAACUACCUGAACUUUACGUGCAAGGAGCCGAAUUUGAACCAGAGCCAUAUCAUGAACCAGAUUACCAUUAUUUUGAAGAUGAACCUGGACCAUGUCCUGAACCAGAACCUAAAUACGAACCAGACCCUGAAUAUGAUCCAGACGCUGAAUAUGAGCCACGUUUGACUAAAGCCGUCCAACCUGAACUUUACGUGCAAGAAUCCAAAUUUGAACCAGAGCCAUAUCAUGAACCAGAUUACCAUUAUUUUGAAGAUGAACCUGAACCAUGUCCUAACCCAGACCCUAAAUACGAACCAGACUCUGAAUAUGAGCCAGAUCUUGAAUAUGAGCCAGAUAAUGAAUAUGAGCCAGAGCCUGAACCAGAGCCUAUAUAUGAGCCAUGGUCUGAACCGGAAUUUGAAUAUGAGCCAGGGUCUUAUCCAUACGACAUAGAAACGUAUCCUGAUAGUCGAUACGAGUCGAAUCAAGAUGAGCGUGAACCCGACACUGAAUUUGACCCUGAUAAUGAAAAACAAGCCGUGCCAGAAAUCGAAGAACCAUAUGUAGAAGCGGAGCCAGAACCAGAACCGGAGCCGGAGCCCGAGUCAGAGCCGGAGCCAGAACCCGAGCCGGAGCCCGAACCGGAGCCUCAACCCGAGCCUAAACCGGAGCCUGAAUCUGAACCCGAGCCGGAGCCUGAACCCAAGCCAGAGCCAGAGCCUGAACCCGAGCCCAAACCUGAACUUGAGCCUAAACCUGAGCCUGAACCCGAGCCUGAACCCGAGCCAGAGCCUGAGCCAGAGCCUGAACCGGAGCCUGAACCGGAGCCCGAACCUGAACCGGAGCCUGAACCUGAGCCAGGGCCCAAACCUAAGCCAGGGCCCAAACCUAAGCCAGGGCCCAAACCAGAGUCCGAGCCGGAGCCGGAGCCUGAACCUGAGCCAGGGCCCAAACCUAAGCCAGGGCCCAAACCUAAGCCAGGGCCCAAACCUAAGCCAGGGCCCAAACCAGAGUCCGAGCCGGAGCUGGAGCCUGAACCUGAGCCAGGGCCCAAACCUGAGCCAGGGCCCAAACCUAAGCCAGGGCCCAAACCUAAGCCAGGACCCAAACCUAAACCAGGGCCCAAACCUAAGCCAGGGCCCAAACCUAAGCCAGGGCCCAAACCAGAGUCCGAGCCGGAGCCUGAACCCGAGCAGGAGCAUGAGCCAGAUCCUGAAUCCGAGCCAUUGCCUAAGACCAAACUUAAACCCCCGCCUAGCAUACCGUUUAUUCAACCUCCAAGGUUACCGAGUAGAACAAUAUGCUGGAGCGAUACAUUUUACGGGGAAUGGAGACGUAAAUCACUGAACUGGUUCAUGUUCCUCCUGUUCGGCCGCUUUUGACAACAGUGUCAUGUAACAGGAACCUGGACCGAAUGGUUACCUCGACAAACACGCAUCCUUACACAGGUCUCCGCAACCUUUGCACACUCACAGCUUACCAAAGACUUUCUUCACUCGGUAUCAUGUUUUCUUUGGGGUUACUAAGACUUACCAAGUCUUUCAUUUUCCGUGGCUUUUGCUGUUUGUGAACGUCUGACGAUUUACAAUGACCUUUUCUGCGGUUAAUAUUUGCCAGUCGUUUACCUAAUAAUAGUUGCCACAGAUCUUUUUUUUAUGCGGCUAACAUUUACCAGUCGUUUACCAAAUAACAGUUCUUUUUUAUUCCGCUAACAUCGUUCAUUUUGUGUCAGCGCAAUAGGUUGCGGAGCUCUGUUUGAAGUAUGUUCGUAAAUAUAUAUGAUAAAAAUUGAAUGAAUUGUCUGGUGGAUUAAGAAAAUGGUCCAAUUUUCAAAAGUUUAAAACUUGUGGUUUAAAAAUCAAGGUGUACAUGACAUCUAUAGCAAAUAGAUAGUAACAAAGAAACGUAAAAUUAAAUUUUAAAAUGUCAUCAUUCGUUUUAAAUUGUAUUCAACGAAAAUAUAA